AGCUCGAAGUCGUAGGUCUACUCAGUGAUUUGAAUUAGGAGCACCUGUAGUGAAAUACAUGUAGUCUAUGAUAUUCUCACCAAUAAUCCAAUUGAGGGUAGCCCAAACUCUGCAUGGCUAGGUAGUUUUCAGGGGUGAGCAGUCCAAAAUGCCUAUCUUCGGCAUUUUGCCCCGUCGCGUAAAGUUUUUCCCAGUCUUCAGGCCUCAUGAACAAAUUGAAAGGCUGAAAGGAGGUAAGCAGAGGCCCCAUCCUGUCGUUCGGAGAAUUGAUCACUCCAAAGUCGCAGAGGCCUACCCAGAGAGAAAGAAGAUGGAUGUCCGUAUCCGCUUGGCGGCCAUCCGAAGACAGCAUCGUGCAACUGCAAUGUUUGAUCCAAAUUGCCACUUGACGCUGCCCGAAGACAGGGAAAUUCGCCUUCUGCGUGAUGGACGGACCAUUUUCUGCUGGCAUCCUGAGAGCAACAUUCCGUUUGAGUUCUCUCGGCCUCUUGUUGACGAUGAUCCGGAGUGGAAGGACUUCCGUGAAUCUGUUACAGCUGAGGAGGCUACCAUCAUGCAGAAGCUUCGCACAGCAGAGCCUUCCAAGUUCACUGAGAACGCAUUAGUUCGUAUUUUCGAGGUCAAGCCCUACGUUAUCCAACAACUAGCACCGCCACCAGCACAAUAUGUGGAGGAUAUGCGUCGAAGGAAGGAGGCCAUUAUGCUCUUGAAGGAAUCUGAGCGCAAGAUCCAGGAGAAGAUCCUCGAAAAGGAGACUCAGGAAGCAGAGGACGUGGGUUAUCGGGAAGGCGUCGCACUACUACAGGAGAAGGGUCUCAAACAAUAAUUAAUUUAGUGAUUUUAUGAAAAACAACCACAAAUCAA